AUGUUCCCAGCCUUGAAAGAAAGUAUGGUGUUCACUCUUUUUGAAACUGGUACUCUAGAAGUCACCUUGGCGGCCAGUCAUCCAUUCAAACAUCAAGGACAAAAAGAACCUUUGAUAAAUAUGCACAGCAAUUUUGGAAAGCCAGCCAAAGUCUGCAACAUCAAUGACGAAACGAAUUUCUGCCAACAGAUUGUUGUCGAUCAUCGGGUAUCGCUGGUAGCCGUCUCAUAUAAAUGCGAAUGUCCGAAAGGAUGGAUAUGCCCGACGGAUAUCGAUGAAACUCCAGCAAAUACUGAAUGCCAAUACGUUGAAUCUAAAUACUGGAGAAAAUGCCAGUUGAAAUGCACGCCACUGCAUGAAAUUCAAACGUCGACGUCGUCCUCGGAAGAGGAAGAUGAGCAAGAAGAAGAAGAACAAGAAGAGGAAGACGAUUCUUAA